AUGAGCCAGAAAUCCUUUCGAGUGGUGAAAUGCCCAACAGAUGAACUGGCUGUCACUAAUUGUGCUAUUCUCAAUAUCCAUGAUUUUAACGCAAAAGAUCACAAGCACAUUGAAAUUAUUCCGGGAACUGCUCAUCGCUACGUUUUCUCAUUCGCUAACCACCCCCAAGUGAAUCCGGGAGAAAUUGCUUUUGCAAGUACGCAGAGACAAUGGGCUAUGCUUUCAUUAUGCCAAGAAGUUCGCGUGAGAGCAUUCGAGUUUCAGUUGAACCAACACAUCGGAGCAUUGACAGUCUCUGUGGAUUUCCAGAAAAAGAAAGAAGCUACUCCAGAGCCAUUAGAUAGUGACGCAAUGGCCCGAGAAUUCCUGAUGCAGUUUUCUGGAAAAGCAUUCACGAAGGGUGAAAAACGAGUUUUCAGUUUUCCCAUUAAACAAAAGGAAAAAAUUAUUACAUUGAGUAUUAAUGUGAAAAACAUUGAAGGAAUUGAUUUGGCAGCUGCCGCAAGAGGUGGAGAUUCGAAGGCUUCCACGUUUCCGUUGGAUUGUGGUCAGCUUUUAGCUAAUUCCGCUAUUGUUUUCGAUAGGGAGGAAGGUACUCAAAUCAAUCUGAUCGGGAAAAGCAAAGGUAAAGCUGCCUAUCGAUCUCUUAUCAACCCGGAUUGGGACUAUGAGAAGAUGGGAAUUGGAGGGUUGGAUAAAGAAUUCGCUGACGUGUUCCGAAGAGUUUUUGCUUCUCGAGUGUUCCCACCUGAGUUCAUUGAGCAACUGGGUAUGAAACAUACCAGAGGUAUUCUUCUUUAUGGUCCUCCUGGAACAGGAAAAACUCUAAUGGCUCGUCAAAUCGGAAAAAUGCUUAACGCUCGCGAGCCCAAAAUUGUCAAUGGUCCCCAGAUUUUGGACAAGUAUGUCGGAGAGUCUGAGUCUAACAUCAGAAAGUUAUUCGCAGAUGCUGAAGAAGAAUGGAAGAGAUGUGGAAGUAAUUCUGGCUUACAUAUUAUCAUUUUUGAUGAAAUUGAUGCAAUUUGUAAACAAAGAGGUUCCAUGGCUGGAUCUUCUUCAGUACACGACACAGUUGUUAACCAAUUGCUUUCAAAAAUGGAUGGAGUUGAUCAACUCAAUAAUAUUCUCGUUAUCGGCAUGACAAAUCGCAAAGAUAUGAUUGAUGAGGCUUUACUUCGUCCUGGUAGAUUGGAAGUUCAAAUGGAGGUCAGCCUUCCAGAUGAGCAUGGUCGAGUGCAGAUUUUCAAAAUUCAUACCGCUCGUAUGAGAGAGUACAACAAACUUGAUUCUAAUGUGGAUUUGCUAGACUUAUCGAAAAGAACUAAAAACUUUUCUGGUGCUGAAAUUGAAGGUCUUGUUAGAGCUGCCCAAUCUAGUGCUAUGAAUAGACUAGUACGAGCUGGUGGAAAGGUUCAACUGGAUCCUAACGCCAUUGAGAAACUUAUGAUCACUGUUGAAGACUUUGAUCAUGCUUUGGAACAUGAUGUUAAGCCUGCGUUUGGACGUAGUGAAGAGCAGCUCGAUAACUUCCUCCGUGGUGGUCUUGUUAUUUGGGGACCAGAAGUAAGCUCCAUCCUGGAAAAGGGAGAACUGUUAGCUGAAGUUGCUAAGAAUAGAGAGAAUGGAAGAUUCGUGACUGCUGUUUUUGCUGGUUUACCUGGAACUGGUAAAAGCUGUCUGGCUGCAACAAUUGCAAAGCGAUCGGAAUUCCCAUUUGUCAAAGUUGUAUCUCCUGUAGAUAUGGGAGGAUUUUCUGAGUCUGCUAAAUGUAUGACUCUGAGAAAGGCAUUUGACGAUGCUCUUCGAUCUAAAUUGAGUGUUCUCAUCAUUGAUGACUUAGAACGUUUGAUAGAUUAUUCUCCUGUUGGUCCUCGCUACUCCAAUUUGGUUCUUCAAGCGCUGCUUGUUUUCCUUAAAAUGCCACCACCCAAGGAUCAUCGACUAUUGGUAUUAGCGACUUCAUCGAACAGAUCAUUCCUACGUGAAUUAGAACUCCUCAGUGCUUUCGGUCGAUUGAUCGAUAUUCCCGUUUUAUCCAAACCAGAACAAAUUAUGACUGUUGUGGCUCAAUCCGAGGCUUAUGUUCCAAGUGAAUUGUCUCAAUUCGAAUCGCGUCUUGCAGAGCUGUUUUCUCAUAGCAGAUAUGGAAUCGGAAUAAAAACCUUGUUGGAUUUGAUUGACUUUUCCAAACAAUGUGAACAAGGCUGUAGAGCGGAGACGUUAUUCGAUGAACUUCAAGCUGUUGUUCUCGGUCUAGAAUAA